AAGAAAUCUCACUGCUGCUCUGACUGUGGGAAAAGAUUCAACUACUCAUCACACCUUAAAAUACAUCAAAGAAUUCACACUGGAGAGAAACCUUAUAGCUGUGAUCAAUGUGGGAAGAGUUUUACUACAUCUAGCAAUCUAACUGAACACCAGAGAAUUCACACAGGAGAGAAACCUUACGGCUGUGAUCAAUGUGGGAAGAGAUUUAUUCUGCUACAAACCCUGAAAUCGCACCAGAGAAUACACACGGGAGAGAAACCUUUUGGCUGUUAUCAAUGUGGGACGAGUUUUUCUCACUUAAGCAGCCUGAUAGGACACCAGCGGGGACACACAGGAGAGAAACCUUAUAGCUGUGAUCAAUGUGGGAAGAGUUUUACUACAUCUAGCAAUCUAACUAUACACCAGAGAAUUCACACAGGAGAGAAACCUUAUAGCUGUGAUAGAUGUGGGAAGAGUUUUACUAUAUCUAGCUCUCUGACUAUACACCAGAGAACACACACAGGAGAGAAACCUUAUAGCUGUGAUCAAUGUGGGAAGAGAUUUAUUCUGCUACAAACCCUGAAAUCACACCAAAGAAUACACACUGGAGAGAAACCUUUUGGCUGUUAUCAAUGUGGGACGAGUUUUUCUCACUUAAGCAGCCUGAUAGGACACCAGCGGGGACACACAGGAGAGAAACCUUAUAGCUGUGAUCAAUGUGGGAAGAGAUGUACUACAUCUGGCAAUCUAACUAUACACCAGAGAAUUCACACAGGAGAGAAAGCGUAUGGCUGUGAUCAAUGUGGGAAGAGUUUUACUACAUCUAGCAAUCUAACUGAACACCAGAGAACACACACAGGAGAGAAACCUUAUGGCUGUGAUCAAUGUGGGAAAAGUUUUACUACAUCUAGCAAUCUGACUAGACACCAGCAAGUACACACAGGAGUGAAACCUCAUAGCUGUGAUCAAUGUGGGAAGAGUUUUAUUAGAUCUAGCCAGCUGACAGUACACCAGAGAACACACACAGGAGUGAAAUCUAAUAGCUGUGAUAUAUGUGGGAAGAGAUACUCUGAU